GGCCGGUCUCGCGGGGAGGCCGGCCCGCGCCCCCUGAGCGACGGACACCAGGGCACCCACCAUGGCCCCGCCAAUCCUGCUGCUGCUGCUGGCCAGUGGAGCAGCUGCCUGCCCACUGCCGUGUGUCUGCCAGAACCUGUCCGAGUCACUCAGCACCCUCUGUGCCCACCGAGGCCUGCUGUUUGUACCGCCCAACGUGGACCGGCGCACCGUGGAACUGCGGCUGGCUGACAAUUUCAUCCAAGCCCUAGGGCCGCCUGACUUCCGCAACAUGACAGGGCUGGUGGACCUGACGCUAUCUCGCAAUGCCAUCACCCGCAUUGGGGCCCGCGCCUUUGGGGACCUGGAGAGCCUACGCUCCCUACACCUGGAUGGCAACAGGCUCGUGGAGCUGGGCACUGGCAGCCUGCGGGGCCCCGUCAACCUGCAGCACCUCAUCCUCAGUGGGAACCAGCUGGGCCGCAUCGCACCAGGCGCCUUCGACGACUUUCUUGACAGCCUGGAGGACCUGGACCUGUCCUACAACAACCUCCGGCAGGUGCCCUGGGCCGGCAUUGGUGCCAUGCCCGCCCUGCACACUCUCAACCUGGACCACAACCUCAUCGAUGCGCUGCCCCCGGGUGCCUUCGCCCAGCUUGCUCAGCUCUCCCGCCUUGACCUCACCUCCAACCGCCUGGCCACACUGGCACCCGACCCGCUUUUCUCCCGGGGGCGCGACGCUGAGGCCUCACCUGCGCCCCUGGUGCUGAGCUUCAGCGGGAACCCCCUGCACUGCAACUGCGAGCUGCUGUGGCUGCGGCGGCUGGCGCGGCCAGACGACCUGGAGACCUGCGCCUCCCCGCCAGGGCUGGCGGGCCGCUACUUCUGGGCGGUGCCCGAGGCUGAGUUCUCUUGUGAGCCCCCUCUCAUUGCCCGCCACACGCAGCGCCUCUGGGUGCUGGAGGGCCAGCGGGCCACACUGCGGUGCCGGGCCCUUGGCGACCCUGUGCCCACCAUGCACUGGGUGGGCCCCGACGACCGGCUCGUCGGCAACUCCUCCCGCGCCCGAGCUUUCCCCAAUGGGACCCUGGAGAUUGGGGUGACAGGUGCUGGGGAUGCUGGGGGCUACACCUGUAUUGCCACCAAUCCUGCUGGCGAGGCCACAGCUCGAGUGGAGUUGCGGGUGCUGGCUUUGCCCCAUGGCGGGAACACUAGUGCUGAGGGGGGCCGCCCCGGACCCUCGGACAUCGCUGCCUCAGCCCGCACUGCUGCCGAGGGCGAGGGGACUCUGGAGUCUGAGCCAGCUGUGCAGGUGACAGAGGUGACCGCCACCUCAGGGCUGGUGAGCUGGGGGCCAGGGCGGCCGGCUGACCCUGUGUGGAUGUUCCAAAUCCAGUACAACAGCAGCGAGGACGAGACCCUCAUCUACCGGAUCGUCCCAGCCUCCAGCCACCACUUCCUGUUGAAGCAUCUGGUCCCUGGUGCAGACUAUGAUCUCUGCCUGCUGGCCCUGUCACCUGCCGCUGGGCUCUCCGACCUCACAGCCACUAGGCUGCUGGGCUGUGCCCAUUUCUCCACAUUGCCGGCCACGCCCCUGUGCCACGCCCUGCAAGCCCACGUGCUGGGCGGGACCCUGACCGUGGCCGUCGGGGGUGUGCUGGUGGCUGCCUUACUGGUCUUCACUGUGGCCUUGCUGGUUCGGGGCCGGGGGGCCGGGAAUGGCCGCCUCCCCCUCAAGCUCAGCCACGUCCAAUCCCAGACCAAUGGAGGUCCCAGCCCCACACCCAAGAGCCACCCGCCACGGAGCCCCCCACCCCGCCCCCAGCGCAGCUGCUCCCUGGACCUGGGAGACACCGGUGGGUGCUACGGUUAUGCCAGGCGCUUGGGAGGGGCCUGGGCUCGCCGGAGCCACUCUGUGCAUGGGGGGCUGCUCGGGGCAGGGUGCCGGGGGCUGGGGGGCAGCGCGGAACGGCUGGAAGAGAGUGUGGUGUGA